AUAAAGUCCAGCAAGCCUCCUGUUCUAACCCUUAACUCUCUCCAUCACUCCAUCUUUAUUACUUAUCCUUUGUGCACCAUUCACCAUCCAUCAUGAGAAUCACUUCCCUUACUCUGCUCUUUGCAUCCAGCAUCCUCGGCGUCGAAGCUGCCUGGGAUUUAUACCGAGAUGUACAGUGCAACUACAAGAAGUCAGAGGUUGAACUUUGGCAUAAUUGCUUCGUGGAUGGCAAAGAACCCUACACAGACAACGACUGCAGUCUGGCUUGCGCUCGCGUUGGUAUGAAUGAGGGAGGUAAAUUUGCCCACGCCAGCAACUACAAUGGCGGCCAAAGCUGUGGGCUUAUUUGCUAUUUUAAAUAGUUGGCAGCAGGGGAAUGGAUGAAGACUUGGUAAAUUUCACUAGACGCUUAUAUAUGCUGUCGGAUGGAUUGGUGUUGUGACAGAUGCGAUGAAUAAAAUCUAGGAUAAGUCUUCA